ACAGCUGUGCCAGAAGCAUACUGGAAUCAUGUCAAGUCUUGCCUUUCGCCGAUUCGCUGGAGUUUCCUCGCGAAACCUGAAUCAAGUGACGCCCUCGGCCAGCAGCUUGGCACAGAUCCUCUCCAGAGCCACCAUGUCGCAGCAGGCGGGCCAGUAUCCGCCCAUCGAGUUCGCCAUGCGGAAGGCACUCACCACGGAGCUGAAGCCGGUGUUCCUGGAGGUCAUCAACGAAUCGCCCCAGCACAAUGUGCCCAAGCGGUCCGAGUCCCACUUCCGGGUGUUUGUCGUCUCGGAGAAGUUCAACGAUCUGACCCUCAUCAAGCGCCACCGAUUGGUCAAUGAUACGGUGAAGAAUGCCCUCAAAGCAGCCGGAUUCGAGUUCAUGCACGCCCUGUCCAUCGAGGCCAAGACUCCGAAGCAGUGGGAACCGGAACAGGAGCCAGAGAAGAGUCCGCCGUGCCUGGGAGGCCACGGCAAGUAAACCUGGAGAAGCCCAUUCAAUGUACAAAGGACCUACUACUUUACUACUCACAAAACCAGCUUAAGCAAAUACAACACAGAAAUACCAAUGGAGAA